AAAUUGUCUCAAGAGUGAAAAAGUUUGAAAAAAGUGAAAUGAAAAAUAAAUUCAUGACUUGAGCUUAACGGAGUUAAAAGUACUUUAAUUGGGAUUAAACAGAGAUGUGGAUCUCACAGUUGUGGAGAAGUGUUUUCCUGGCUUCUGUGUACACAUCAUGUACAGCUGAAGGAUUCCCAACAGCUGAAAUUCAGAUAAGACAUCCUGGUGAACCUGGCUCUGUACCAUUUUCUCUUCAACCAGACCUUUCUCCUCAUCCUCCUCAUCACCCCCAUCCUCUUCAGGAUAAAGAGCAUCCUGAAGAUUAUUCAACCGAUCCAUCGAUCACCUCUGGAGAUUAUCUAAAAGAAUAUGAUCUUGAUGACGUAGAUGAGGAAGAAAUAGAGCAGUUUAAUGAAAUAGAAGAUGAAGAAGAAGAAGAAUAUGAUGAUGAGGGAUUGGAGAAGGACCAAGAAGUUGAAGCGUCUGAGCCCAACAGGAUUGCAAAAUUACAAAUUAUUGUUAGAAUUAAGAAAAAAAGAUCAUAA